CACACACGCUGCCCUUCGCGCGCGGAGUCAGCGCGCAUCUGGACAAGGCCUCCAUCAUGCGCCUCACCAUCAGCUACCUGCGCAUGCACCGCCUCUGCGCCGCAGGAUAUCACUGUGUAGCUCUGACUGGCCCAGAACUUGCUGUGCAGACCAAGCUAGCCUUGAACUCACAGAGAUCUGCCUGCCUCUGCUACCCACCCCCUCCCAUCCACUCACCCUGCCUUUAAGUGCUGGGAUUAAAGGAAUGCACCACCACAUCGGCAAUUUAUGUGUUUGUUUUCUUUUUUCCAUACUGGAGGUUGAACCCAAAUCAAGGGGUAUGGUACCCAAGCACUCCACCAGAAAGUCAAGCCCCCAGCCCCUCACUGGGGGAUUCUAGGCAGGGGCUCUACCACUGAGCCACACAUCCAGCUGUCUUUUUACAGUUUUGACACAGGGUCUUACUAGGUUGCUCAACUAGUAAGAAUUUGAACUAACUUGGUAGGCCAGACAAGACUUGAAUUUUUGAUCCUUCUGCCUCGGCUUCACAUAGCCACCAUGCUUAGCCAAUCCUUGUCCACCCCAGGAGGCUCCCCAGGCAUUAUUUUAAAAUUCCUGGAAGUCUCUCUUCAUCCUCUCCCCUCUUCUCCUCUAGUUCAAUUUCUUAUUCUCUUAGCAGCCACCCAAGGAAGCGCUUGAGUGCUCUCUCUCUCUCUCUCUCUCUCUCUCUCUCUCUCUCUCUCUCUCUCACACACACACACACACACACACACACACACACACACACACACACACACACACACACACACUCAGACUCCUGAAAUUUUUUCUAAAAAAAUUAGAAAUUUGAAAAGGUUUCAUUAUAGAGGGUCUGCCCAUUAAAUUCCCUUGCCCCAUAGACUUUGGGGGAGGGGGAGUUUACGCCUUUAGAAUUCUGUCAGCAGCCCUCUGACCUCCACGUGCACAGGAAAUAAAUAAAAUGUAUUGGAAUUCUGUCUUCCGGAAAUCCCUGACAUUUUAGAAUUCUGCCCAUCUGGCAGGCCAUCCACACCCUCCCGCCAAGAACUCUAGAAAACUCACAACUCUAGAAUUCCAGGUGCCCCCAGGCCUCUUUGAAGUUCGACUCCUCAGAGAGUUCAGUCUUAGAAUCUUGGGGGAUUCUAUGUCCCCUCUGGGAGUCCAUGUUCCUGUUUCCAAAGUUUAGUGGCCUUGACCUCUUCUUUGCGACUCCCAAGCCCCUAGGAUUUUCUCCCACUCGCCCAGGCUUUUCUAUGAGUUCAUGUGGGUGAGGAAAGAUGGCGGGAAACUAGGUAGGGUGGGUCCAUAGCUGAUAACAGCUGCCCCGUCCUCCCCCUCCCCCUCCCCGCCGGCCUGGGCACCAGGGGAGUGGAACCAGGUGGGAAAAGGGGGAGAGCCACUGGACGCCUGCUACCUGAAGGCCCUCGAGGGGUUCGUCAUGGUACUCACCGCCGAAGGAGACAUGGUUUACCUGUCGGAAAAUGUCAGCAAGCACCUGGGCCUCAGUCAGGUGAGCUGCCUGCUCUGUACCUGCCCCUCCCCCAGUGGGGAUGCUGGGGGGACCGUGGUUCCCCACGACCUCAGUUCUUCCUUUAUGAAAUUCACAGUAUGGCAGAGGGGAGAGAGGACCGUCACCAGACAGAAUGGUCAGCGCUGUGAUGGGACAGCCUAGAUGUAGGAAAGAAAUGUGGCGCUGAGAGGCCUGACCCAGCCUGGGAGGAGAUGGACUUGGGGGGGCUGCUUAGAAGAAAGACCGUCUUAGCUGCAACCUGAAUGGCUUAGCAGUGAGGAUCACAAAUGUACAUGGCGGAGUGUUGGCACACACAAAGGCCCGGAAGUGAGACGGAAAUGGAACACUUUGGAGACAUGGCUAAGUGGAACAUGGACAGAGGACAGUGGAAGAAUUUGGGAGGGGGAAAAAAAGAUCAGACAAGUUCAAUAGGUCGAUAACGUGUGUUCACGUGAGAAGGUUUGUCUCCAAGGCGCUGGGAGCCGUGGAAGGAGUGAAAACAAGGGAGAGGGUGUGCUAACGUGGUAGAACUGUGUUUACCGUUCAGAAAGGGAACAGAAGGACUAAAGAUGAGAGGAUGCGCAGCAGGGAGAGGAGACCCCUCAGGUGCGAGGAGAGGAGCUGGGCAAGCCAUCUGGGGACUAGACCUAACUUUAGUUCACCUUUAGAGUAAACCCUGUAUGAGAAAGUUUGUGUUCUUUUUUUUUCUCUUUCAUGUAAAUGGCUGUACAGUGGACCUCUGUUCCUUCUCCCUGAUGCAUAUCCCCACUCCUGGUACCAAUUUCUCUCUGGAGCUCAUCGGACACAGUAUCUUUGAUUUCAUCCAUCCCUGCGACCAAGAGGAACUCCAGGAUGCCCUGACCCCCAGGCCAAGCCUGUCCAAGAAGAAGCUGGAAGCCCCCACAGAACGCCACUUUUCCUUGCGCAUGAAGAGCACACUCACCAGCAGAGGGCGCACGCUCAACCUCAAAGCUGCCACCUGGAAGGUGCUGCACUGCUCAGGACACAUGAGGGCCUACAAGCCUCCUGCACAGACGUCCCCCACCGGGAGCCCUCGCUCCGAGCCUCCCCUGCAAUGCCUGGUGCUUAUCUGUGAAGCCAUCCCCCACCCAGCCAGUCUGGAGCCCCCUCUGGGCCGGGGGGCCUUUCUCAGCCGCCACAGCCUGGACAUGAAGUUCACGUACUGCGACGAGAGGAUCGCAGAAGUCGCUGGCUACAGCCCUGACGACCUGAUUGGCUGUUCUGCCUACGAAUACAUCCAUGCACUGGACUCCGAUGCAGUCAGCAGGAGCAUCCACACUUUGCUGAGCAAGGGCCAGGCAGUAACGGGGCAGUAUCGCUUCCUGGCCCGGACCGGAGGCUACCUGUGGACUCAGACUCAGGCUACAGUGGUGUCAGGGGGACGGGGCCCCCAGUCAGAAAGUAUCAUCUGUGUCCACUUCCUGAUCAGCCGGGUAGAAGAGACAGGCGUGGUGCUGUCCCUGGAACAAACGGAGCAACACACUCGCAGACCCCCUCAGCGGGGUACCUCCUCGCAGAAGGGUAUCCCUGGCAACGGUCUAGACCCACCUGCCCCCCGGAUCCUGGCCUUCCUGCACCCUCCGGCCCUGAGUGAGGCCUCCCUGGCUGCUGACCCUCGCCGUUUCUGUAGCCCAGACCUGCGCCGCCUCAUGGCACCCAUCCUGGAUGGGCCUCCCAUAGCCACCACCCCCAGCACCCCACAGGCUACACGGAGACCCCAAAGUCCUCUUCCGGCUGAUCUCCCAGAUCAGUUGCUUGGGGGCUUAGAGAAUGCAUGCAGACUCUCCACUGCCCGGAAAAACAAGACUGUGGAGACAGAUCUAGAUAAAGCUCAGGACCCUGACACUCUGGACUUGGAGAUGCUGGCUCCCUACAUCUCCAUGGAUGAUGACUUCCAGCUCAACUCCUGCGAGCAAUUGCCCAGAACCCACCGCAGACCUUCCAGGGUGGCCCGCAGACCCCGUGCUCGGAGCUUCCAUGGCCUGUCGCCCCCCAUCCCUGAGCCCUCCCUGCUGCCCCGCUGGGGGAGUGAUCCACGACUGAACUGUUCCAGCCCCUCCAAGGGGAACCUUCCCACAGCCUCCCUAAUGCCUGGAACUCGGAAGAGGGCCCUGGCCCAGAGCUCAGAGGACAAGGGGGUGGAGCUGCUGGAAACAAAGCCCGCCAAGCGGUCCCCCAGCCUCGAACCUGGAAGCUUCCUGCUGCCUCCCCUCAGCCUGAGUUUCCUUCUGCAAGGUCGACAGUUCCCAGGGAACCAGCAGGAUCCCAGAACCCCACUCUUAGAUUCCCGUGAGCCCUUGGGCCUAGCUCCCUCGCUGCUCUCUCUCUACCAGCAUGAGGAAACUAUCCAGCCCAGGAACCGCGGCCCACCAGCAGCAGGAUUGGCCCAGGCCCGCUGAGUCAGCCCUCCUCCCAGUUCCCUGCUUCUACCCCAGAAAGGACUCAAUCCAUACUCCUCACCAGCAGCCCACACCCAGGAUGGGGCCUCUCUCCUCUGAGUGCCCUCCACAGCCCCCAGCCAGCCUCAGUCCUACCUCAGCCCCCCAACCCUCUGCCUUCACCCAUUCAGGGGCUUCUUGGAGUGUUCACAGCUCAGUUACCUCUGGGAGGGGGUGUGUGACCCCUCCCCAUCUCCUCUCAGGACUUCCCUUGGGGUUCUCCAUAGUUGGUUAUCUCACUCUCUCUUUCUCUGACUCUCUUUGCUUUAUUUGGAAGAAUGAAGGGUUCGGAGAGUCAGGGGUCAGUCUCUGAUCCUGGCCCCAUGGAGUUUGGACAACCAUAAUCACGUUUUUCUGUUUGUUUGUUUUUGUGUUUGGUUUUGGUUUUCCGUCACCCUUCUAUCGGCUUUACUUUGUCCUUUUCACGGUAACGCAUUCAGGUACUCUCCAUUGCACAGGGCCCACAGCAACGCGGGACUCUGAUCUUCCCCCUCCGCGGUGGCAAAGGUGGGGAGACUCUGGGUCAGACCUCACCCCCAGUGACUUGUGGAGUCUCAGCCUCCCAAACUGCCACCCAGCUCUGCCUGCCCUUUCUGCUCCUGACUUCCUGCUGGCACCAACCUUGCCUGAAUAAUGACUUCAUGUGUGAUCUUCCUAUUUUAGGGGUAGGCAGCAACUUCUUCCACUCAACAGAGCCAUAAUCUCUGACCUUCCCUGGAUCUAGAAUACUUGACUCCUGCCUUCACUGUUUGUAGACUAUACAACCACCUCUGGCCUUCCCUGGUGUUAGGCUUUACCACUUUCCAUCUUCCCUGGUUCUAGACAACAAGACUCAGGGCCAUCCUUGUGUUUAGACCUUGCAGCCCCUGGUCUUAGUUGGUUCUAGAAUGUAUGCCCUUGGGCCUUCCCUGGUUCUAGAGGCCUGGGGGCUCUCUGGUUCUAGAUUUUCCUACUUCCUGGUUCUAAAAUGUACAAUCCAUGGUUUUUCCCUGGCUCUUGGAUUCCAUACCCCUCAUCCAUUGCUAUUUCUAGACUGUGAGGCCCGUAGCCUUCCUUGGCUCUAGACUAUGCUACCAUUGGUCUCUGGUUCUAGACUUAUGACCUCUGGCCUUCCCUUGUUCUAGACACUGUAGCCUCUGGCCACCAUGGUUCUAAACUGUGUUAUUUCUGCCGUCUUCCAUCCUAGACUGUGCAACCUCUGAUCUUCUCUCUUUCUAGUCAUUCUAGACAUUCUCUGGUCUUUUACCUGAUUUGAGACUGUACACUUUAUGACCCUACUGCUGUUCUAAACCAUGCCACUUCUCUGGCCUUUUAUCUCAUUCUAGACUAUAGGCCCUCUGAUCUUCCAUGGUUCCAGAGCAGUGGUUCUCAACCUUCCAAAUGCUGCAGCCCUUUAACACAGUUCUUCACGUUGUGGUGACGACCCCCAACCAUAAAAUUAUUUCAUUGCUACUUCAUAACUGUAAUUUUGCUACUGUUAUGAAUCAUGUAAAUAUCUGUUAGGCAGGCUAUCUGAUAUGCAACUCCCAAAGGGGUUGAAAGCCACAGGUUGAGAACCACUGUUCUAGACUAUACAACCUGUGACUGUCUUUGAUUCUAGGCUAUGCUACCUCUGGUCUUCAUUGGUUCCAAACUAUGUGACUGCUAGCCUUCUCUGUCAUUCCCUGGUCCUAGACUGUCCUGUCAUUGACUUCCCCCUGGCUCUAGACUGCAUCACCUCCAACAUGGUCUGCUACAGACCUCAGUUUCUUCAAACCCUUCUAAUUCCAGAUCUCGUAGUCUUCAGCUCUUUCUUGGACUGGCUCUCACAGCCCCCAAUUCUGUCUGUUUUCAAACCUCACAGUGUUUUAAAGUGUGGUUUGAGUUACAUAAUAUGUAAGGCUUUCUGGGUCUAGAGCCUACAACCACCAGAAUCUCAUCCUGUAGUUUCCUCUGGUUCUAGACUUCUUAAAAAUCCCUCUGGUUCCCAUCCCCUCUGUUCCCUGUCAUUGCAGACUGUUUGUGUGUGUGGUAUUGAGGAUUAAAUCCAGGACUUCCCACCUGCUAAGCAAGCACUCUACCACUGAGCUAUAUCUUUGUUUUAUUUUGAGACAGUAUCUUGAUCGAUUGCUCAGACUAACCUUGAACUCAUUCAGUAAACCUAGGCAAGUCUUGAACUUGUGAUCCUCCUGCCUUAGCCUCCCAAGUAGCUGGGAAUUUCAGGCCUUUGAAACUGAGCCUAUUUGAUCUUAUAACUGACAGUUCCUUCUUGUUUCUAGAUCCCACAACUCCAAGCUUCCUGUUGGUUCCAGUCUUUCUGAUCCGUAAGAUACUUGGUUUCAAAUCCAGAUCUCAUUUCUAGAUCAUUUUGGUUUCAAACCUCAUGAUAUCUAUCUUAUUUCUGUUCAGGUUUCUGUACUCAAAAAUUCAAGAAUUGCUUUCCCCCAAUAAGGAGGGGUAAAGCGAGUUAUGUCUUGAACUUGGAGCUGGCUCUUCUGGAGCCAGACACCAUGUGCCCAUUCUCUUGGGUUCUAGAUUUCACUACCUCCAUCAUCCCCAGGUUUUAGAUUAUGCAAACUCUAGACCUUGAAACUUCCAAGAUGCUCUGUUCUCAGAUGACCUGAUGAUCUGCCUAUUACUGAGCUUCAAAUAUCAAGCCAGAGGGUAGUGGUGCACACCUUUAAUCCUAGCACUUGGGAAGCAGAGGCAGGUGGUUCUCUUCCAGUACAGCCUGGUCUAUAGAGCAAGCUCCAGGACAGCCAGGGCUACACAGAGAAACCCUGUCCUGAAAAAACAAAACAAACCCAAAAGAAAAAAAUACCUUCUGGGUUCUGUUACCGUUUUGAGACAGUGUCUCAAAACUCACUGGCCAUUAAUUUACUAUGUAGUCAGGGAUGGCUCAUGAUACUCCUUCACCCACCUCCCAAGUGCUGGGAUUACAUGCAUGCCUAGUUUUAUGUGGUGCUGGGGAUUGAACCCAGAGCCUCAUGCAUGCUAGGCAAAUACUCUACCAACUGAGCUACACUCAGCCUCUGUAAAGGUCUUCUCAUUCUAGACCUUGUCCCAUGAGCUCCUUUGGUUCUAGAUCCCACAAUUACUAAAUCCUCCUUGCUUCAGAUCUUAUGACUGAAAUUUCCCUGAAUCUAGAGCACAUCUUGAAAAUAUCAGUUGAUAAUAUCUUGCCUUAUAUAUUUCUCUAGUUCUAAACCUUAGAACCCUGACUCUUUCUAAUUCUAGAUUGUAAGAUCCCAGAAAUCCCUGUGGAUUCUAGAACUUAGUUUUUAGGCUUUUUUUUUUCCAGAGAGGAGGCAGGAUUUCACAUAUCUCAGGAUGGCCUCCAGCUCACUAUUACACAAGGAUGACCUUGAACUUCUGAUCCUCUACCCUCCACUUCUCAAAUGCUGGAAUUGCAAGUGCGCAUCAUCAUACUCACUUUAUGUGGUACCAGGGAUGAAACUCAGCUUUGUGCAUGACAAGCAAGCACUCUUGUCAGCUGAGACACAUGUCCUCUCCUAGGCCCUUUCUAAUUCUGCCAUUACUCGUGAGUCACUGGGGUUCUAGGCUCGUAGUUUCCAAUUGCCUCUGGCUUCCCAUCUUUCUUCCUCAGGUUCUGGAAUGCAGUCUCCAAGUGGGCUUGUUGUAGAAUGUCUCCUGUUGUAGAAUCUAGAACUCACUCUGUAGAUUCUCUUGAUCAAGAUCUCCCAUCCCUUGACUCUUUAGGUCCAAAUCUAAUCCUUCUAGCUCUGUUCUGGGCUUCCCUACCCUCACUGUGCUUGUCUCGGUUCUUCCCUUGACUCUCAAGUCUUCCCAUUCCAAAUCAUCUGCUCAUGAACUUCAUGCUCAAGCCCCUCCCUCCUGUCUCAUAGCCCCGAAAAUUCUCUACCCUAGAACCUCUUUCACUCCUCACCCCAAGCCUCCAGGCAUGCACUUAACCUUAACUCUACUCCCAGGUAUCUAGGAACCUGGGGCUCCCUCCCCUCCUUAGGGGAUCCAUAAUCCAGCCGCACAGGCACACGCACAGCCCUAUCUGCAUAUCUUGGGGUGGGGAAAGAGGGCAGGACCCCCUCAGCUGUCUCCCACCAUCUAUGAGUCCUCCUUACCCCUAGCUUCCUUCUACAAUGGUGCUACUCUUGGUCUUCCACAGGAAAAGGCUCCCCUCUCUGUCCCAUUCAUGACUCUAAGGAAGGCACCACACAAUCUGUCUUGUCAAGAGGUGGCCUGUCCAGGUGCUACAGGGAAAAGGGUGUGAACCUCUCUCCCCUCAUGGGUUUUGUGGGCCCUCAAUGGAAGGAACUGUCCUGGCUAGGAGAGAGGAAGGACAUGGCCCAGCCAUGCUGGCUCAGAAACCCAAAACUGUCUCCAAAACCACCAUAAAGACCUCGCCUUGGUAGGCACCAGA